ACAGAUCCAGAAGAAGAAGAAGAAGAAGAAGAAGGGCGCCAAGCAGCACGCUUCACAACCCCUCUCUGAAACCUCCCAACGGAAGGAGCGCAGCAGGUAAGGACACUCACAACAUCAGAAGAUGAAAAGCGCUCAGUCUUUAGCUGGACUCCUGCUCCUCAUCAUCGUUCAAAGCAGCUGGCAGGUACCUGACCAGGACACAGACCAGACCUCCAUGCUAUUGAGCGAGCCCUCGAUGCUCAACGAACCAACCGAGCUCUCAAACAUGAAGAGACAUUCAGAGGGGACGUUUUCCAACGACUACAGUAAAUACCUGGAGACGAGAAGAGCACAGGACUUCGUCCAGUGGCUGAAGAACUCGAAAAGGAACGACAGGAGCCUAUUCAGACGCCACGCAGACGGCACCUACACCAGCGACGUCAGCUCCUACCUGCAGGACCAGGCGGCCAAGGAGUUCGUGUCCUGGCUGAAAACCGGCCGAGGCCGAAGAGAAUGAACCCCAGCGGGCCGCCCCUCCGGCUGGAAACCAUGCAACAAUUCUCACUGAAUCUGUUCGAUUAUUUGUUUCACAAUCUGUACUAGAGUUUUUUUCUUUUUUUUCUUGGUAAUG